AUUCGACCUCCAUCUCGAGUCGGUAAUCCUAUCACCACACCGUCUCAUUUUACCGUCUGGGAUCUAUUUUCUAACCCCCUCCCUUUAUCUUCCAGACACCAUGCCGCAUACCUCUAUUGCCGACCUGGUCGGCGCCCUCCCGGCGGACGACACCUGGGGCCCCGCGACCCCGACCGACAACAUGCUCGGUGGUGUCCCUUACGCUCCUUUCUCCAAGGGUGACAAGCUCGGCCGCAUGGCCGACUGGACCUCGGAUUCCAAGGGUGGUGAGAGAGGUGGUCGUCAGCAAUACCAGCGCAACUACCGCGACCAGCAGGUGUACGGUGCCGGUGCCUCCAGCCUUUUCAACGUCCAGGUCGCCGAGGACGAGUCGUCUUUCUCCGUCGUCGACAACACCCGUGCCUCCGCGAAGCGUACGUUCGGCCGUGGUGGUGGUACCGUCUUCCGUGGUCGCGGUCAGCGCGGCGGCGCUCAGCGCGGUGGCCGCGCGGGCUUCCAGCGCGUUGGUGGUGGCCGUGGCCAGGGUGACCGCUUUUAUGACAACCGCUCCGGCGGCGGUCGUGGCAACCGUGGUGGUCGUCGCUUCGGCUGGAGGGACUACGACAAGCCUCAGCGCACGCGCGAGCCGUCGGUCAACAUUCGCCCCGAGUGGAACUUGCUGGAGGAGGUGGAUUUCACCCGUCUGCUGAAGCUGAACCUCGAGGCCCCCGAGGGCGAGGACCUCGACUCGUACGGUUUCAUGUACUACUACGACCGCUCCUACGACAAGGCUCCCGUCAAGGGUGGUGAGCGCCGCCUGCAGGCUCCCGAGCGGGCCGCCUACAACGUCACCACCUCGCAGGAUCCCAUUAUCCAGGAGCUCGCUGAGAAGGACCAGGCGACCGUGUUCGCCACCUCCGACAUCAUCUCCAUGCUCAUGUGUGCUCCUCGCAGUGUCUACUCGUGGGACAUUGUCGUCACCCACCAGGGCAACAAGAUCUAUUUCGACAAGCGCGAGGGCGCCUCCCUCGACCUGGUCACCGUCAACGAGAACGCCAUCGACGCCCCCAUGGAGAUGGCCGAGGCCGCGGGCAAGCAGGAGUCGAUCAACACCCCUAACUCCCUGGCCAUGGAAGCGACCUUCAUCAACCACAAUUUCGCCCUGCAGACCGUCAACGAGUCCCAGGACGCCAAGGUCGAAUUCAACAACCCCAACCCCUUCUACAACGCCAGCGAGGAGACCGAGCCCCCGGCCUCCAAGGGCUACAAGUACCGCCGCUUCGACAUGUCUCUGGAGCGUGACGAGGAGCCCCUGAACAUGAUCAUCCGGACCGAGGUCGACGCCGUGCUGAAGAACCCCGUCAACGGCGAGGAGCAGCAGCUGGUUCUCAAGGCGCUCAACGAGUUCGACAGCAAGGCCCAAGGCUCGGGCAACGCCCUCGACUGGCGCAGCAAGCUGUGGUCGCAGCGCGGUGCCGUCGUCGCCACGGAGAUGAAGAACAACAGCUGCAAGCUGGCCCGCUGGACCACGCAGGCCGUCCUCGCCAAGGCCGACGGCAUGAAGCUGGGUUUCGUGUCGCGCGCCAACCCCCGCUCCGCCACCUCGCACGUCGUCCUCGGCGUGGUCGGCUACAAGCCGCGCGAGUUCGCCGCCCAGAUGAACCUGAACAUCGGCAACGGCUGGGGCAUCGUCCGCACCAUCGUCGACCGCAUCCGCGCCCUGGAUGCCGAUGAGGACCCCGAGAAGCCCAAGAAGUACCUGCUCAUCAAGGAUCCCAACCGUCCCGUCGUCCGCCUGUACAGCCUGCCGGUCAAUGCCUUUGAGGAGGACGAGGACGAGGAGGAGGCCGAGGCCCAGGCCGCCAAGGAGGAGGAUGAGGAGUAAACGAUGCGAUGCUACUGUCUUAUGAUAUAAUCUCAUGUUUCCUUCCACUGUUAUUUUGCGUGCAUCCUAAAAGUUAGCUGAAUGGAUUUCCAUAGGCCUAUCGUA